AUGUCUUCCGGGCACGCCUUGCCAAUUCUGCCAGUCGGCGCCGGUUAUGGCGUUGUUGUUGGCAUCGGGUUCUUCUUUGCUAUUGUCAUGGCUGGUCUGUCAUACAUUCAGAACAAAUACACAAAGUAUUCUACGCAGGCCAGCGAGGAAUUCAACACUGCAAGCCGGUCCAUCAAAUCAGGGUUGAUAGCUGCUGGCAUAGUUUCAGCAUGGACAUGGGCUGCGACACUACUGCAGAGUAGUACAGUGGCUUAUGAGUAUGGUAUCUCUGGGCCGUUCUGGUAUGCUGCAGGAGCCACCGUCCAGAUAUUCAUGUUUGCAGUGCUAGCCUGCAAAGUGAAGCAAAAUGCUCCGAGAUGCCAUACCUUCCUCGAAAUUAUCCAGAAACGCUAUGGCACCGCGACGCACAUUGUUUUUAUAUUCUUUGCGCUUCUUACGAACGUCCUAGUUGCUAGCCAACUUCUACUUGGUGGGAGUGCUGUUGUGACGGCUCUUACGGGAAUGAACGUCUAUGCUGCAGUGUUUCUCAUUCCACUAGGUGUUUGUGUAUAUGUUGUUCUCGGUGGAUUGAGAGCAACCUUCCUAUGUGAUUAUACGCACACUUUUAUCGUCAUGAUCAUUAUUCUUUACUUCAUGUUCUCGGUGUAUACCUCGAAUGCUCUUAUCGGAUCACCCUCUGCUAUGUUUGAUCUAUUAAAGAAAGCAUCCAUCGCACGACCAGUCAAGGGCAAUCAGGACGGCUCUUAUCUUACUUUGAAGUCCAACUAUGGGCUCAUUUUUGGAGUAAUUCAACUAUGUUCGGGAAUGGGAACUGUAUUCCUCGACCAAGGCUAUUGGCAAAGAGCUAUUGCAAGCCGUCCAACAACUGCAGUGCGAGCGUAUGUUAUGGGAGGCAUGGCGUGGUUCGCCAUCCCGUUUGGCUUUGCUACAACCCUUGGACUUGCAGCCGUUGCUUUGACCGAUAAUCCAGCAUACCCAACAUACCCUGAUAAUAUGACUGCGUCUCAGAUAUCAUCCGGAUUAUCAGCGCCGUUUGCCGCUGUAGCUCUUUUAGGAAAGCCAGGGGCUAUAGCGCUGCUUCUCACGCUUUUCAUGGCUGUCACGUCCUCCUCAUCAUCUGAGCUAAUUGCUGUAUCCUCGAUUUUGACCUUCGACGUAUAUAAGAUAUAUAUCAAGCCGCACGCUACGCCACAGGAGCUAAUUAGGGUUUCGCAUAUUAUGAUCUGCGUGUUCGGCUUGGUCAUGGCGGGUUUUGCAUGCAUAUGGAAUGCAAUAGGCAUCGACCUCGGAUGGCUCUUCCUGGUGAUGGGACUACUAAUCGGCGGCGCCGUUUUCCCUGCUGCAUUUGCAGUGACUUGGCGUCAACAAUCGAAGUGGGGAGCCAUGGUCGGCGCCAUCGGUGGUCUUGCAGCAGGAUUGAUCGCGUGGCUCACCAUGGCCCAGAGCCAAUUUGGUGAGCUAACUGUCGCGAGCACAGGAUCAAACUAUCCGACUCUUGCGGGCAACAUGGCAGGCGUCUUUACGGGAUUGAUCCUCACUGUGGUGAUUACUUAUAUUAAACCCGAUAACUUCGAUUGGGAGAUCACACGCUCGAUAAAUCUACCUGAACUCUCGGCACCCCCCUCAGUCAAUGAGGAGUCUGGUGCGGAAAUUGGCUCAGGCGAAGAAAAGAAAGUCCCCUCAGAGCCCGCGCCAUCUCACUCAACGCUUCCCACGGUCGUUCACGAAGACCUUGAAGAGCUCGAAGAUGCCGCCAUUAUGGAAGACCCAACACGGCUUAAAGGCGCAUUGCGUUUCGCGUAUAUAUCUUCUACCGUCCUCACGCUCAUAAUGUUGAUCAUUGUCCCGGUGCCAAUGUUCUUGUCACAUUAUAUAUUCUCGCUCACCUUCUUUAAGACAUGGGUCGGGAUCAGCUUUGUGUGGGUGUUUUUUGCGUUAUUUAGCUGUGCGAUUCUACCGAUCUAUGAGGCCGCUGGAUUCUUCAGAGAUUUUUGGAAGGAGACGACAGAGGGGUUUAGGGCAAGCAAAAGCGCAAAGGCAAAAUAG